UCCUAGAAGGAUCUCAUCAUGGGUAUCAAGGGUUUGGCCAACUUUAUAGGUGACCAUGGAGAGAUUUUAACAAAUGAUAAUUUCAGAAACAGCAAGGUAGUCAUAGAUGGUUGUAAUAUCUACCACUCUCUUUAUUUGACCUCAUGUGAUCAGCAGCAUGGAGGGGAUUAUGAUGUAUUUGAGGACCAGGUCUGCAAGUUCUUCAAGGCGCUGAGAGAUUGUAGCAUUGAACCUUAUGUGAUUAUAGACGGAGGCUCCGACCCCACCGACAAAAAGUUUGAAACUGUCAGAAAACGAGCUGAAUCAAAGAUCGACACAGCCAACAAGUGGUCCAAGGGGCUUCGAGGGGCCAGGUUAAUACCAACCCUUGCCAGACAAGUCUUUAAAGAGGUCCUUUCCAGCUUAGGGGUCCCGUUCGCACAGGCCCUUUCUGAGGCAGACCAAGAAAUAGCCUCACUGGCUCAAAAGUGGAAGUGUCCGGUCCUGUCCAAUGACAAUGACUUUUAUAUUUUUGACAUCCAGGCAGGAUAUCUGCCUUUCUACCAUUUUCAGUGGCAGAACGCGUCAGUGCAACGCUGGAGUUCUCAAAAUUACAUUCCCUGCAAGCGGUACACCACAACAAGCUUCUGCAGACACUUCAACAUCAACAGACAGCUUCUCCCAGUCUUCGGUGCCAUCGCAGGAAACGACUAUGUCAACUUGUAUAAGAUGGGCUUUCCCAUCAGGUGGAAAGACAGCUUGUCGAUGGAACCGAAUUGGAAGCGCGGGGUUGUCUUUUUCAACAAGUUGCUGAAAUGGCUGGCCAGUUUCCAGGAGAAGCAGGAGGCCUUGGACAAUGUGCCUCUCCUCAUUGGUCAUGGUAAAAACAACAUGGAUGCUGCCCUCCAGGCCCUCUCUCAGGGCAUAGAAACAUACCAGACUCAACCCGAAUGCCUGGAGCGUUUCUUCAAUGAUGGCGAAGCGCCUGAUCCCGGCCUUCUCCCAAACCAUCUGAGUGUCCUUCCAGACUGGACCCUGCUGCCGUUGACGAAGGGGACACUUCCCCCCUACAUGAUAUACAUUCUGCAGCGGAGGCCAGUGAUACAAGGUAUCCAAGUGGAAGAUCACAGCUUACCCAGUGGGAACAUCACCUCUCGGCCCAUACGGCAGGUAUUCUACGGGCUGCUGCUGGGUGAAGGGAGGGAAGUGGAGGAGUAUGACAGGGAAGGGAAGAACCUGACCAGCAGCAAGGUUACAGCCAUCCUGCCCAGUGCUGCACAACAGCUGCAGCUGGACACACUGGAUCAGGCUCCACCUACAGUGCGGCUUGAGGUGUUUUUAGAGACCGUUGGUGUGUCCCAGUCCACUUUGAAUGGUGUCCCAUCUCACCUGGGACUUCCUGUGGCUGUUACCUACUACUGGCUGAGGCACGCCCAUCCCCGACCAGACCUUCCUCUCCUGCAGGCCCUGCUACUAGGACUGGUGUUCGGAGAGCUCUGCAGACAGAGGAAGAGCCAGAGAGGGUUUAUAGAGGAGGAACCAGUGUUGGAGAGGAUGAGAGGGCUGAUCCAGAGACGUGCUAUGAGUCCAGGCCUGGGUGUGGUCCACGUCUAUAACCAAUGGGAGCGCUGCAUGAGGGAUGGCCUUUACCUGAACCAACUGCUGUGCUUCCCUCUACUUGAGCCUCAGUGUGCCUGGCUGUACAAGGGAACUCUGCUGCACCAGCUUGUGGGCCAACUGAGAGGGGGGGUGACCCCGGAUUCUCUCCUGAUGGAAGACCCUUCCUCUGUGCAGCUGUACAGAGCCAUGCUGGAAGCCACUAUAUAGGACCACUAUAUAGGGACCCAAUUUUUUGUGACAUUUUAGUGACAGAAGGCCUGGGUAGGAAGGCCCCACUUGCAUACACCCACCCACCCACACACACACACACACUCAUGAAGUAGUUUCACUUUCAUUCACACACAGAGCAUAAAGAAGAAUGAACAUCGAUAAGAGAAUUUACAUUUAUUUAAAUAAAAUAAGAAAAAAAGAGAAGAAAUUAAUUGGGAAUGAAGUUUAUUGAAAUGAUCAUUCAAGGUUAAAUAGGUUAAAUGUUGAAAGUUGAAAACAUUGGGAAAUAUGAAAGGAGGAUUAAAGUAGUGCAGUAAUAGAGGUUUCUAGCUUGAGUUGUAAAUCCACAGGUCAGAACAGCCAGGCAGGAGGUGGGGGGUUAGUUGGUGCUGAAAAUGUACCUCAUGAGCAAAUGCCGUAUUAGGUGUUAAUGCAUCAUUGGAGCAGGAGUUAGCCACAAUGAGUUAGCAGACAGGAAGACUGUUAGCCACAAUGAGUUAGCAGACAGGAAGACUGUUAGCCACAAUGAGUUAGCAUACAGGAAGACUGUUAACCACAAUGAGUUAGCAGACAGAAAGACUGUUAGCCACAAUGAGUUAGCAUACAGGAAGACUGUUAGCCACAAUGAGUUAGCAGACAGGAAGACUGUUAGCCACAAUGAGUUAGCAGACAGGAAGACUGUUAGCCACAAUGAGUUAGCAGA